AUGCCUAUUCUCAACUACCUCAGCUACCUCAGCUACCACGACUAUCACGACUUUCACAACCUCCUCGUCACCUUCCACAAACACCUGCUAGUGGCUAUCGUCCUCCACAUUCUCUACCUCCAGAUCACAAACUCUGUACUCGAGGCAAAGUUACAGCGCCGGCUCUAUGUGCCACUGAACAACGCUGUGGAUGCUGUGAACGACGCUGUUCAUGCCGACCCCAUCAACGAGCACGCAGUGCUCACGGCGCUCCUACUAUUGGGGGUGAAAUACUUCUUUGGCGUGGGGGUAGUGCUGCCGGUGCUGAUGUACGCGUACUAG